CUAAACCAUGUAGUCAGAGAGACAGGAGUCAAGGCAGGACUGGAAACUUUGCGUUGGACGGUUUUGAAUGUGCAACUUUUUUUUGUUUCUUUGGAUUACAGACCUGGAGGGGAUUCUUAAAAGCAAUUUAAUUAAAAACCCCACGUGCAGAUUUGGCAAGGUUGGAUCGUUAAGUGUCUCGCGCUCAGUUUCCGGAUCUUGUGGAUUCUCUCUUCUUCGCAACAACAGUAACAUUGUUUCCAUUUGAGAUCCGUUUCUUGUGAUUGAUCCAGCAUCUUUAUUCUUCCCAGGAUGAAAACACACACAUAAGGCUGAAGCGUCUGUGUUUGCCCGCUGAAGGAGUCGAGCGCCGCAGCUCGAGUUCAACACGGCCACUUCCUGAUGAUGACAGUAAACAUGGAUGAACGUUUUCACAAUGGGCCCGGACAACACAGGAACAUGCAAGAUGAUGAGGAGGCUCUUAACUCCAUCAUGAAGGACCUGGCAGCCCUGCGCUGUUACCAGCUCAACAGCAGCACCAGCCACAAACCCAAAAGCAGGACCCCGAGUUACAGACAGGAUUUGCGCGUGAAGCUGGAACAUGAGAGAGAGAAACGGAUCAUUCCCUUCCAGAGGCCGCUGAAGUUCAGAGAGCUUCUGCAGAAAGUGACUGAGGCUUUUGGUCAGCAGUUGGACCUUUACAGCACUGAUAGAGAGACACUCAUAGCUCUAAAGUGUCAGGAGGAUCUGGACCGAGCCCUGUCGAGUUUGAGCUCCGGUUCAGGAGCGAAAGGGGUUCUGAGGGUUGUGCUGAAAACUCCAACUAACAACCAUUUCCUGCAGGUGAACAGCAGAGAUAAACAGAGUGAGAUGAGGUCGUCUCGGUCUCUGGGAGACCUGAAAGGUUCUUUGCUCAAAGGAUCCGAACGAGUUCGCAAACACUCCACAGGCUCUCUGCACACAGGGAGGAGUUCCCCACCGCCAGGCAGCGUUCCCGAGGAGCAGCAGCAGAUCGCUCGCCAGGGCUCCUACACCAGCAUCCACAGCGAGGGAGAGUUCAUCCCCGAGACGCCCGAUCCCAACGUCAUGGAUCCUUUCGGAAGUGCUGAUGGUUCCCUGUCCAGCAGCUGCCAGUCCCUGGACCAGGCUCUAGACAGUCCUCCGUUCUCCCAGAACAACCGCGACAACAAUUACCUGAACCUCACCUACGACUAUAAAGGUCGACACGGGAAGCACGGGACUUUCCCACGACAGUUCCACUUAACCAAUCGCAGCAAGGACUACGGCGACGGUCGUAGCACGUUCCCACGGAGCUUCAUGCCGCAGGAGAACCUGUUCCAGUUGGUGCCUUCGAGCCGCACACGCAGCUACAACGGAGACAGCACGCUCGCGUACAGCGGAGACCUGCGCACCAUCGGCUGGAGCGACAAAAGCAGCCAGCGCAGUUCUGCCAAAUCUCCGCGGGCGCCGGUGAACUGGCGUCAAGGAAAGCUGCUGGGUCGUGGAGCCUUUGGCGAGGUUUACCUCUGCUACGACGCGGACACUGGCAGAGAGCUUGCCGUUAAACAGGUGCCCUUUGCCCCCGAUUGUCAGGAGACCAGCAAGGAAGUGAACGCACUUGAAUGCGAGAUCCAGCUCUUGAAGAAUCUCCGUCACGAGCGCAUCGUCCAGUACUACGGCUGCCUGCGCGACCCCGACCAGAGGAAGCUCUCCAUCUUCGUCGAGUUCAUGCCAGGGGGCUCGAUUAAAGACCAGCUAAAGGCGUACGGGGCUCUGACAGAGAAGGUGACGCGCAGAUACACCAGACAGAUCCUGCAGGGAGUCUUCUACCUCCACAGCAACAUGAUCGUCCACCGAGAUAUUAAAGGUGCUAAUAUUCUGAGGGAUUCCUCCGGAAACGUGAAGCUGGGAGACUUCGGCGCCAGCAAACGCAUUCAGACCAUCUGCAUGUCAGGCACAGGCAUCAAAUCAGUCACUGGCACCCCCUACUGGAUGAGUCCGGAGGUGAUCAACGGAGAGGGUUACGGGCGCAAAGCGGAUGUCUGGAGUGUAGCGUGCACGGUGGUGGAGAUGCUCACCCAGAAGCCUCCGUGGGCCGAAUUCGAAGCGAUGGCGGCCAUCUUUAAAAUCGCCACUCAGCCCACGAAGCCCAAUCUGCCCGAGGGUGUAUCGGACGCGUGCCGGGAUUUCCUUCGCCUGGUCUUCGUGGAGGAGAAGUGGCGUCCCACUGCGGAGGUGCUGCUCAGCCACCCGUUCGUCCAGGGCGUCUUCUGAUCGGCUCCGGAGCGCGCGAUGCCCGGAGACACGCCCCCUGUGCCGGUCCACUCCUGCCCACUAAUGAUCACCACUCUGCCUUGGUCCGGGGGAACUGGCGCCUGUUCCAGCCAGCCCACUCAGAACACAGCAGACUCCUGAUCACGGGCUGUGUAUCUCACACACUCCCACCACACACACACAGAGACACACAUAAACACACACAGAGCAGGUAUGGCCCUAAGAAGCUGUUGUUUACAGUGACAUGACAUUCAGACACAUCAGCAGUGAUCCAAUUGGCUUUGCAGAAAUAGUAAGGAACACAAUGGGGAGGGUCAUUAAGUUUUAUCCGCAACGUAAGACUAAGGUUAAUCACGACCUCGCCUGUUUUUUUGAUUUGCUAGGAAUAAAGUCGUUAAGGGUUGUGAGUUUAAAUCCCAGAACUGCCAGAGAGCCAUGAUCGAGCCCUUAGUCAAGAACCUCAGCUUGCUCAGCUCUAUGUCUGGUUUGGAUUCAUAAUAGAUGUAGGAAUAUCUUACCUUUUUUUUUUAAAAACAUAAUCUCUAAUUUUCUGUAGAGUUAUAUAGUAUGUGAUUACUACAAACAAGAACUUCAGCCCUGUUCAGACUGGAUUAAUGAAUUUUACAAGGGAAUAAUACACUGCCUGGCCAGAAAAAAAGCUGCACACUCUAGCAUUCAGUUUGACCGACUUUAGUUGUGAUAACGUAAGGAGAGCCACUCGAGUCCUGGAAUAUGUCCUAACAUUUCAGGCAAGAAAAACUCCAUAGAUGUGAUGACCUGGACAUUCGGUACAUUCAGGUCGUCAGCUGACUUCAUUUUAUUGCCACUGAAGCAACCCCCAGAUCACAACACCGCCUCCAGAGGCUUGUACAGUGAGCACUAUGCAUGAUGGGUGAAUCGCUUCAUGUGCUUCCCUUCUUACCCUGAUGCACCCAUCGCUCUCGAAUAGGUUCAAUCUGGUCACAUGACCUUUUUUCAUAGCUCAAAAGUCCAAUCGUUAUGCUUCCUUGCAAAUUUUAAUGAGUCUCACUAAAAAGUGAAGUUCUUACGGCCACAACGCAGUUUACUCUCAAUGCUCUUACUUUCACUAUUAGGCAUUGCUCGGAUUUCUGCUGUCCAAUGCAACUUUACCAAGUGUAACUUCCACACUACCUGUACCUGGUUUAAUCAUUUCCUAAACACUCCUUACUCUAAAUCCAGGCAUUUAAAUGUUUUCACCGCUUCAUACAGGCCAGUAAAUUGCAAAUCGAGCUGUUGUUUUUUUUUGGCUGGGCAGCGUACAGUCUAUAGGGAUUACAUUGAAAACCAGUGGAUUGGUAACUUACUCUUAAAACAUGGUGCAAGUAUUUCAGAUUAGGAUGUUUAAAGAAUUCAAACAUCAGAGUCCAUUCCAACUCCCCCGACUCGAGGCCGCACCAGCGUCCUGGAGCGCAUGGAUACUGUAAGAUACUCUUUGAGUAAUUCCUCUUAAGCUCACUGUGUGACGGUUAGAAUCUAACCAAUAGAGAAAGACGACACAGAGCCGCACUUGCACGACCACCAAAGUGGUAAAUCCAGACGACCAGACGUUUGAUUCUUCCGAUCGUCGUGGAAGUUUUUUUUUUUUUUUUAAACAUGAGGUCGUUCUGUUAUUCGACAUUUGGAAGCACUCGUAUUUCGAUCACUGUAAGUGGUUAGGCAAUUUAACGUGCAAGAUAAUCAGAUUUGAAGAAUCCUAUUUUUAUAAAUAUGUGUCAUUGUUCUUUUGUUUUUUAUUUUAUUCUGGAUGUUAUGGAUGUAUUAUUUGAAAAAGCAAUAGUACUGAUGAUGAAUACUGUAGUGGGACUGAAUCAUGAACAUUCCUCUUAGGUUCAGUCUUUCAUAUCGACCUGAGUGUAUUCUUAUCGUCGGGAACAACCAAAGAGCACAUACGGUAUGCAGCUAUAUAUCUGGAGUUUCGGCCUGUUUUUACAACUUUACUACAGUUAGCGGUGCGACUGUAUAUUGGAAUGGUGGUAGAAUCAUGUCGACCUUUAACAGAAUUUUUUUUUUUUAUAGUGACAGUCAUUUCAUUUCCAUGUGCAGUGCUGCGGGAUGUCAUGUCUUUAUCGUAUUAUACGGUGCUGUGCAAAAGUCUUGAGCCCCCUCAUUUCUUUAUAUUUUGCUUCCAAAUAGCCUGACUUUCCUGUAUUUUUAAUGUAGUCUUGAGUAAUAGUUCCAGGCUUCCUCAUUUGGCUCUCAUUCAUUUUUACACUUCAGUCCCUGUACCUGAGCAGUUUCUUAGUAAUGUUUUUUGUUUGUUGCACCACACAGUGACUUGUGAAUCAUUCAAGCAUAAAAAAAACAUCUAACCUAGGACAUGAACCAGUGAGAAACAGGUGCAGAGGAUCUGGCCGGUGUACUGGUGUAUAUUGGUGAUGCUGAAUGCUAAAUGGUUGGAACGGACAAGAGGGGAAAUGAGGUCGCUGCCUGAAGUUGAAUUAGAAAUGGAGGAUGUUAAGACUUCCUCGCACCGUUGUCCAAGUGUUUCAUAAGUCAUAAUUAAUGACUAUAACAUUUAUAUGAAAAUAAAAUAAUUGUAAUUGUCUGUCCAAUCAGCAUAUUAUAAAUUAUUUAUACCCUUUCACUCAUCAGUGUAUUAUACUAUAAUAUGAUGAAUGUGGUUGGAAAAUCUGAGUUUUUUUUAAGAAAAGAAAAGGAGACAUGACAUCCUUCAGCGAAAAAUUUCAUCAUCAGUGUUUUUGUUUUGUUUUGUUUUUUUUUACAUCUGGACGAUUUGUCACUGCUGCAGUGUUUUCUUUAUUCAUUCACAGAAACAAAAAUGUCCUCCACUUUAUGUGCCUUCUCCAUAGGAGCUGUUUCUUUUUUAUUUUCCUUCACAGAAAUGACUACCAUCAUUGUUUUUGUUUUAAUGGUGCAUUCUGUUGUCCUUGUCCGUGACCGAUGCUGUAUUUUUGACAUACAGACUUGCUUAAAGUGAUAAAGAUUGUAUUGUAAGUACAGAGCUUAUCGGAAGCUAGACACCUUUUGAAAUCCUUUAACGGUGUUUAAAACAUUUAAAACGUUGAUAUUCAGCGUUUAAGAGGAAGAAUUCUAAAAACUGAGGUGCUCUUGAAGGUGAGGUAAAUAUAAUAUAAUCGCAUAAUAAAUUAAAAUAAAGUGACCCUGUGCCUUUGAUAAAACUAUGUAUAAAUAGCAGGUGUUCUUUUUCUAUAUGAACUUCCUAAGUACAAACAAUGUUUUUUCCCUCUGUGGGCGUGGCUAAAACCAGGAAAAAAAAUCGAACGAAGCUAGUCGAAGAAAUAUCAAGCAUUUUGUCUAAAAUUUUUUAAAGCCUUUUGAUCUCUGGUGUGAUUAUUACAGAUAUACUGUAGAUGUAUUAUAUAUUAAUGAUGUACAAUAACAGGAUUGGACCGCCACGACAUCACCAGUGCACAGGUCUGUGCCUUAUACACGUUAGUCAGAACCAGGAGGGGGAAACAUAAAAAAAAGGUUUGUUUUUAAAAAAAAAAAAAAAAAAAAACAGUGUUAAAGUUCUGUCACUUAAAGUGUUUAACUAAGUGCCAGAUUUAAAAAAAAAAAAAAAAAAAAAAACCUGAACCGAACCUUAAAGGGUGUCUAUGUUUUCUGUAAGCACUGUACAGAUUGUACUGCACUUUUUUCAAGAUGUUUUAUUAUAUUCCAAAUAUGUUUAAGUCACGAUAUUACCGAAACUUGUCGAGCUGCGUUUUUUUCCUUCUCUGAGUAAACAUUAAAAUGACCUCCGAGGUUUUUGAAGGAGGCUAGGAAUGAAAAAAACCUUCUUUAUUGCCUUUAUGAUAAAACCAGAGCACAUUUAUUCUGAAAGUGAUUUUGUACAUUGGAAUAAAUAAAGGAAAGUUUAAAAAA